AUGUCCAGUAAUAACUUGGUAAUCUUUUCAGGCGAUGGAGGCGCAGAACUGGUGGACCUCACCCAGGCCACUAUCUUCAUCCAUGCCGACGACUUCCCGGGCGUACACAUCGCCGCAAGAAACCUUGCCCAAGAUUUUGCACGCGUGACCGGUGGCGUCUCGCGACCGGUUGUGCUGGUUAAAGGGAAUGCAGACCCUACUGACAUUGAAAAGGUAGACAAUGGAAUUGUUAUCGGUAGUUUGCAGAGAAGCCCCUUGCUGCAAAAUCUGAAAGGACAUGAAGUCGUUUCUUUGGGUACCGGGCGGGUUCUUGGAAAGUGGGAGUCCUUUACAACUGCUGUUCUCGAGCAGCCUUAUCCAUGGUGCAAAAGGUCUUUGGUCAUCGCCGGAAGCGACAAGAGAGGUGCCAUCUUCGGAACAUAUACGCUAUCGGAACAGAUCGGGGUUUCACCAUGGUACUAUUGGGCUGAUGUGCCACCCAAGCAACGUACUUCUAUCCAUGCUCUCCCUGUCACCACCUACCAAGGAGAGCCAAGCGUCAAGUAUCGGGGAAUCUUUAUCAAUGACGAGGCGCCUGCCCUCACAGGCUGGGUUCUUGAAAAUUUUGGUAGCUAUGGCCCAGAAUUCUACAAGAAAGUCUACGAACUGCUGCUACGCCUAAAGCGACAGGCAAACUUUAUGUGGCCGGCCAUGUGGCCGGGAUAUCCAAAUCCAGGAGCCAUUUUUUUCACCGACGAUGCAGAGAACGCCCGGAUUGCAGACGAGUACGGCAUAGCUGUUUCCACCUCACAUCACGAGCCGAUGCAAAGAGCCACCAGCGAAUGGUUCGCGGAUAACCCUGACGGCAGCUGGAACUGGUUAACGAACCGUGAGAAGAUUACCGACUUCUUCAAGGAGGGAGCUAGCAGGGCCAAAGGACUCGAGUCAUAUUUCACAUUGGGAAUGCGCGGAGAAUAUGACAAAGGAAUGAAGGCAGACGACCCGGCUGCUGUUGUACGCGAUGUACUCAAGACACAGCGGGGAAUCUUUAAAGAUGUGUAUGGGCGAGAAGAUGCCGUACCACAGUUACUUGCUCUUUACAAGGAAGUACAAGAGCAAUACGACAGCGGUCGUCUUGAGGUGCCAGACGACGUGACACUUCUCUUUGCAGAUGACAACUUUGGGUCCAUCAGAAGACUACCGACUGGGAAUGAGGUUGAAAGAAGCGGCGGCGCAGGGAUAUACUAUCACUUCGAGUAUGUUGGUGUGCCCAGAAGCUACAAGUGGAUUAAUAGCAAUUCGCUGGGCAAAACCUGGCACCAGCUAAGGGAGGCUUAUCGGAGAAAAGCAAACAGAAUUUGGGUCUUCAAUGUUGGUGACAUUAAGCCCAUUGAGGUGCCCCUGACUUUUGCCAUGAAGCUUGCUUGGGACAUCAACUCAGUGAAGCCCGACGACUUUCAGACGACGUUCUACAGAAGUACUGCCGAGUCUUAUUUCAGCAAUUCCAUACUUGCACAGAGGAUUGCUGCCAGCUGGCAAGCAUAUGAUCGACUUGCCAGCUUGCGCAGACAUGAGCAUAUUGAGCCAUCUACCUUUUCCUUGCUCCAUUACAACGAGGCAACCAGAGUCGUAAAGCGCUGGAAGGAUCUCGUGACCGACGCAGAGGAGAUAAACGCUCAGUGCAGCGAAGCAGAAAAGCCGGCAGUCUUCGAGUUGGUUCUUCAUCCGGCUAAGGCUUCCUACAUAUUCACCCGGUUGCAGAUCACGCUAGCGCGUAACCAGAUGUUUGCAAGGCAAAGACGAAACACAACCAACGCUGUCGCUCGAAGAGUACUUGAGCUGUUUGACGCCGACUUUGAUCUCUCGGAAGAGUUCCACCACAGCCUUCUACAAGGAAAAUGGAAUCACAUCAUGUGUCAAGCUCACAUGGGUUAUGGAGAUACGUGGCAUGCCCCUUCCCGUGAUAUGAUCUCGGGACUCUGCUACGUUCAAACCAGACAAAACUCGAACGCAAUUGUCGGGCAGAUGGGAGUCGCGGUGGAGGGGCACGAGGGCGUUAGGCCAGGGCGGAUCAAUGAGGAGUCGGAGCGUACGCACCCGAGCCGGAGAGAUCUGGUGCCGGGCCUUACGCUUGCGCCAAUGAGCCGCUAUGGGCCUGCCAGCCGAUGGUUCGACAUCUUCACACGAGGCACCCAGGUCAUUCAUUGGCAGGCAGUCUCGCCUUACUCGUGGAUCACACUCUCUGAGAACGCUGGCACAUUGAAUCCCAAGUCGGCGGAUCCCGAUGAAGAUGCUCAUGUUGAGAUAUCCAUCAAUUGGGAUCAGGUUUCAGAUGACUUCAUGUCAGAGGUCCUCGUUGAUAUCCGCUCAGAAGAAGGCGAUUUUGAGCAACUUCACCUGCCCGUCGACGGCCGACGUCUGCCAAGCUCCUUUUCCGCCGGUUUUGUCGAGGCUGACGGCCUCAUUUCCAUACCUGCACCACGUGUACAGGGCCCUUUACCGUCCGACUACCAAGUGCUUUCCGAGAUGGGAAGAGGGCUUGAAGGUUCAGUAGCCAACCUUGACGCUCUCAACGCUGACUCGACGCUUGGGGAAUGCCUGGAAUACAAGACGUAUGUCUUCACAGACGCGACUGCGGCAGACGCAAACGUAGCAGUCUUGGUUUUGUAUUUCAACAUGACCCUCGAUAUUGAUCCCACCGACCCCAUGAGCUUCAAACUUCAGGUUGAUGAUGGUCAAGCUCGUACUCAUACAUUACUUCCAUCACAAGGCCAAAAGGGCCAGGCAGGCAAUGGACUUCCCGACGGCUGGUUCCAUGCCGUGCAGGACUGCGUCUGGCUGCGCAAGUAUGACAUCAAUGAUACCGUCCUCACACCUGGGGAACACACCAUACGCCUCUGGUUGGGACACAGCAAUUUGGUACUAGAAAAGAUUGUGAUUGACUUUGGCGGGAUGAAACCCAGCUAUCUAGGCCCUCCUGCGAGCAUGUACAUCGACUAA